CUCCAAACUAUUCGGGUCUGUCCAUCUUCUCCCUUUUCCGAACUCCGCUAAGCUGCAGCUCCUUAUUGCCAAGAGAAUGCAGAAGCGAAGGUUCGAAUGGCCAAGUAACAGCGCCUCCUCAUAGCCGGAAACCUACGGCGGCUUGUCACCGUUUCUCGGGCACUUCUACGUCGCAGCUAUCGAUUUAUAGAACAAUAACACUGAGAUUCAAGGAUGGUGCAUGGUGGAUAUGGUAAGCGGAGGGUCUCCCAGAAGAACAGCCGCAGACCUAAGUCAUUGGGUGCGGAGAAGAAGCCCAAACCUAAGUCAAAGGGUAUCUCUCUCAAGAACCAAAUUCGAUCCGUUGAGCGUAUGUUGCGCAAAGAUCUUCCCCCGCAAAUUAGGGAGGCACAGGAAAAAAAGUUAGAAGAAUUCAAGAAGCAGCAAGAGAUUCAAAAUCGUCUAGCUGUUGAGCGCAAAAUAUUCCUUCGAAACAAAAAGAUAAAGUUCUUUGAGAGAAGAAAGAUUGAAAGGCAAAUAAGAAGGUUAGAAAAACAGCAGCGCACUUCUGGUCAGGCACAUGAAACACAGAUUGCUGAGCAACUUGCUAAGCUGAAAGAAGACCUUGAGUACGUUAGGUUCUUUCCCAAAACUGAGAAAUAUGUAUCCUUGUUCACCGGGCGUGAGGAUGAAGAGACUGUUGAAAAGAGAAAUGAAUUCCGCAAAAGGAUCAAGGCUAAUUUAGUUGCUGCUGCUGCAAGUGGCAAGGAUUUGGAAGAGACAGGGAGUGAAGAUGAUGGGCUCCUUGAUCUAAGUGAUGAUGAUUUCUUUGUGAGUGGAAGCUCUAGUGACGAAGCUGAUGCAGAUGAUGAAUUGACUGAUAAAAGUACUAGGGAUCAAACAUCUAGUGCCUCAGGUAAAGCUGCUUCGGGCAUGUCAAGUGAUGAAAAGAAUCAGAAGCAGAUUUCUGCUCGCUCAUUAAUGCCUCCUCCUCGGCCAUCGAGCAAAUCCUUCUCUGGUUCACAGCAAAAUAAAUCAAGGUUUGGAGGGUCUAUGAGUAAAAAACCAUCCUUUCAAGUGCGUGAAGUGUCGUCGUCGGGCAACACCUCUGAUAGCAUCAAUAGGUCUACCUUCAGAAAAGGACGUUCCUUGGAUUCACUUGCAGGCAAUAGUGGGAAUCAAAGCUCAAACUCUGAUGCGCGCAAACCGCGAAGAAAGAGGAGGCCUAAAAAGAAAAAACAGCUUUAACCAUGUUCUGUACCUACUCAAUAUACUCGUAUAUUGGUGCUUAACUAGGGUUGGGUUCUUAUGAAAACGUUCCAGUUGGUUGGCUUCCAGUUUUUGUGUUUUACUGCUUCUAAUACACCAUUUUUACCAUCGGCGGGGUUUAUGGAGGCAUUGUAUGGUCCUAAAAUGCACCAAUAUCAUCUUAUGAUAUUGAUUGCCAGCCAAUGUCAAAAUAAUUGGACCGUGACAAAAUAAUACUCUUUCCAUCCC